AUGCAAAAGGAUGAAGGUAGAAGUGAAUCAGAUGUUGAAAAGGACAAGAACAAAGUGGCGGGCCAGAUCAAGAAAGCCAAAGCCGGUAUUGAUAUCCCCAAUGAAGAUACUGGAAAUGUGUUGCAGUUUCUUGAGUUUUAUUCAGCCUUUCAAAAGGUUCUUAAGAAGGGAGAAGCUGAAUCUAUUGUUGCUGAGCUUUUUUCACCUAGGCGUCACAUGAAGAGACAACAACACAGCAAUGUUAUCCAGAUGAUGAUCCAGUUGUUAAAUCUAAUAUCAGCUGAUAGAAACCUGAAAUUGUCUAUAAGUCAAACAGACACCAUCUGGUUCAAUUUUGCUGGAGAGAUUCUAUAUAAAUCAGGAGUUUUGAGUGGUUUUUUCCCACCUGAAACUUUCAAAAAAGGUGUUUCUGAGUAUGAGAAGAUGGAUGCAUCAAAGAGGCUCAAGCUUCUUAUUUGCAUAUGUGAUGAAUCACUUGGCACAAAGCUAAUGAGGGAUUUCAUCAAGAAAGAAUUUACAAAGUCUGAAACAAAGAGAAAAGAAGCAAACCAAAAUGCGACAGCUGCAAGACAAAAGGAGAAACAACUAAGACAGAAGAUGGAAAGUGAUCUUGGCAAGGCCCAUAUGGAAGAAACGGGGGCUCCAUUGUCCGUUGAAGAGCAUCGUGCAAUUAUAUCUCGACUUCAAGCUGAAGCUGAAGAAGCUCACGAUGAGAUGCUGGCGGCAAAGGCCAUGGCAUCUAGAAGAUGUGAUGCUGUUAGAACCGAGCCUAUCCUGUUGAAUGAUGAUGGCAGUGCUCUCUGGAAACUAAAUUGCUUUGAAGAAGAACCAAAGUUUUUGCUUCAAGAGCGAGGAACAUUUGAUGAUUUACCUCAGAAUGAAAAAUGGUUAGCUUUUAAGCGUGAGCAGAAACAAGAGGUCGAGAAGUAUAUCUCUGAAAAAAGAGGUAAGUUUAUUAUUCUCUAG